AUGUCUGUACGAGUGGUCGCCCGAAUUCGUCCGCUGCUGGACGGCGAGCACGAAAAGGACAUUAUCGUUCGUGCAGACACUGCUGAGGCGGGAAAGCCCAAUACCAUCGUCAAGAUCCCCAGCCCCAAGAAUGGCGCCGAGGACUUCUCGUUUGCGUUCAACAGCGUCUAUGACCAGUCGACCUCGCAGGAGACCCUCUACAACUCGGAAGUGCAACCGCUUCUCAAGUCGCUCUUCCAAGGACUCGACGUCACCCUCUUUGCCUACGGCGUCACCGGCACCGGCAAGACUCACACAAUGCGCGGCGGCCUGAAGCUGGCCGAUCGCGGUGUCAUCCCCCGGCUGCUGAGCGGCGUCUUCCGACGCGGCAAGAAGAUCGCCAAGGACUCGGACGGCGAUACGAGCGUGACCGUGGCGCUGUCCUACUACGAAAUCUACAACGACAAGGUCUUCGACCUGCUGGAGCCGCCAGAGCAGCGAACGCCGAUGGGGCUGCCCCUGCGGGCCGAGGCGGGCGGGCGCACCGUCGUCUGCGGGCUGACGGAGCGGCGCUGCGACGACCUGCGCGACUUUGAGAAGCUGUACAUCGAGGCCAACAACAACCGGGUGACGGCGGCGACCAAGCUCAACGCGCACAGCAGCCGCAGCCACGCGAUCCUGCGCGUCAAGGUGACGCAGUCCGGCCCCGACUGCGUCCGCGAGAGCACCGCGUCGGCGAUCGACCUGGCGGGCUCCGAGGACAACCGGCGCACGGACAACGGCAAGGAGCGGCUGGUCGAGUCGGCGGCGAUCAACAAGAGCCUGUUCGUGCUGAGCCAGUGCAUCGACGCCAUCUCGCGCGGCGACCGGCGCGUGCCUUACCGUGAGUCCAAGAUGACGCGCAUCCUGUCGCUCGGCCAGAACCACGGCAUCACCGUCAUGAUCCUCAACCUGUCCCCGCUGCGCUCCUACCACCUCGACACGCUCAGCAGCCUCAACGUGAGCUCCCGCGCGAAGCGCAUCGAGGUCCGCGAGAUCGAGAACGAGGUCGUCUACAAGCAGUUCCCCAAGUCGAGCGUCGCCGCGGCGCACGGGGGCGGCGGGCUGGGCGGCGGCAAGCGCCAGCCGCUGCAGCCGCUGGCCAACGCGCACAACGUUCAGAGUGGCAACGCGGCGGCGGCGGCAGCGGCGGCGCGCCCGGUCAAGGCGUUUAGCGUAUAUACGGACGAGCUCAAGCCCAUUCCCACGUCUCGCCCCUCGCUGGCGACGUCGGAGAUUCGAAGGGCCAGUCCUGCGAAACGCUCUUCGGACCAGGAACCGACCACCGCCCGCCCCUCCAAGCUGGCCCGCCCAUCGUUGCUGCCGUCCUCACUAGCCGCGUCUUCGGGUAGCCACCACAGCAGCCUCAGCAGCCAGGGAACCAUCACGCUGUCGGCGGCGCAGAUCGAGGCCAUGGUGGAGAAGAAGGUGGCCGAGGUGCUCGCGGCGCGCAUGGCCGCCGAGCAGCAGGCAGCGGCAGCGUCCGCCAUGCCGCCGCCCCCUCCACCGCCGGCCAAGUCGAGCGGCCAGGACGCCGCAGCAACCAUGCAGAGGCGGCUGGAGGCGCUGGAGCGUCGCAUAGAGGCGGACGAGCGCCGCGAGGACGCGCGGUCGGACGGCCUGCGGUACCUGCUCGCGGCGCGACAGCACAAGGAGAGCGGCGACGAGGCGGCGGCGCUGCGGGCGUACGAGAGCGCGCUGCCCUUCUUCCCGGGGCAGGCCAAGCUCGUGGGCAAGAUCCGGCGCCUGCGCGGGCGGCUCGGCCUUCCGGGCUGCGACGUCGGGCGCCAUGACGGCGGCGGCGGUCGAGGAAGACGCGACGACGUGCGUGGUAGGAAAGGCGGCGGCGUCUGA